AUGAAUAAACAAGGAAAAUAUUUAUUAAGGGGUAGAGAUGUUCAACUAAAAUUAGGAUGGAGUGCAAAAGUUUUGCCAAAUGAAACAUUAACUCAAAUAUUUAAAGAUAUAGACUUUCCAAACAAUUGUAUAUAUGUAAAUCAUUCAUGGGCCUUUGCGGCGCUACCGUUUUUAUGGCAGUCUCCAUUUACAAUUGCUCGUAAUCCAAUUAAACUAGUAGAAACAUUGAUCAAAAGUCUUCCCGCCGAAAUAAAAAACUCACUAGUGAAGGAUGUAUCAACUAUUAAGCCAUGGCUGAAAGGACAUACAUGUUAUAAAUAUGCGGAAUGGAUCAAGGAGCUCCAAUAUGAACAACUUUUGAGUUACGUUAUUGUAUGGUUUGAGAGUCGACAUCAGAUUAAACCAGUUUCGAAAAACCCGAAAACAUGUCGUUCGUUGGAAUUGCGUUCAGAAGGCGGAACUUUAACCAAGGAAACUCGCAUUCAAGUUCAAUCCAUUUUCUCCAC